GCUUCCACAGAUCGCCUUCUAAUCCAAAAGUAGGACUGAAAAUGGAGCCCUUCCAUGGCAAAGCCUCUACACACCAAACACCUCCGCGUUUCCAGAUGUCCCUCUAUGUUCGCAGCGCAACCUUCUACCUGAAAACAUCUCGGAUUCCCAGGCACUGACUACAGCUGCCAGGAGCGAGCCCCCCGCCCCCCAAGUAUUGUCCCUCUCUCCCUCCCUCCUAUAGGCUGGUGGAGGUGCCCAAACCCGCAUCUCCUGACUCCGCUGUCUCCUCCUCAGCAGCGAUUUCGUGCGGCGGGAAGAAGCCCGGUGACAACAAUCCCAAGCAGCGGCGGCGGCAGCGUGGAUGAAGCGGCGGGGCCGCCUGGCUGGGAUUACAGGAGGAAAGGGGGAGCGUGUCCCUUCCCGCCUCUCCCGUCCGGCGAGCUGCGGGGCGCGUGCGGUGGGGGGGCGAGCGCCAGCGGCUGCCGGCUUCAGGGGAAUGCGGCACUAGCAUCUCCCCCAGACCUCGGAGGCACCGCCGCGGCAGCGCGUCCCUCCUCCGCCGCCCGGCCUCCGGAGGGGGCUUCUCUCCUCAGCCUUCCCUUUCGCGGUGCCUCAACUCCGCUAUGGUGGCUGCCGCCUUCCGCACGCCGGAGCGGGGCUGCGCGGGCCGGCUGCGGUGCUGAGUGCAAGGGGAGGCAGGUCCCCUCUGGCCGCUGCGGGCUGGGGGCUCUCUCUGCGCCUUGCCGCGGCCGGCUGCGGCGGGCGGACCUGGGGAGGAGGAAGCGCCAUUGCCAGGAGGAUUAUUGCCGGGGGUGCCGGUGCCGAGCGGGCAGCAGAGCCCGGCGUUGCCCGCGCCCAUCCCCGCCGCCCUUUGCCUGGCCGGGGGAAGCGGCCACCCAGCGAUGCGCCCGGCGUGAGGGAGCCCGCGCCCUCGCCGCCGCCCGCAGCAUGCCGCCCUCCCCGAAGAGACCCCGCGCGGCCGCGGCCGCCGCCUGCCCUGCCAUGCUGCUGCUGCUCCUGUGCUUGGGCUGGGCGCGGGGGCACUCCCGGGGGGCGGCCGGGCUGCUCCCCAACGCCACCACGCCGAUCUCCAUCAUGGGCUUGAUGCCGCUCAGCCAGUCGGAGGAGGACCAGAAGAGCAAGAUCGGCCGGGGCGUGCUGCCCGCCGUGCAGCUGGCCAUGGAUCAGAUCCGCAACGAGUCCCUGCUCAACCCCUACUCGCUGGACCUCCGGCUCUAUGACACCGAGUGUGACAAUGCAAAAGGACUUAAAGCCUUCUAUGAUGCAAUAAAAUAUGGACCUAAUCAUCUGAUGGUUUUUGGUGGAGUAUGUGCAACAGUCACUUCUAUCAUUGCUGAAUCCCUAAAAGGAUGGAAUUUGGUUCAGCUUUCAUUUGCAGCAACAACCCCAGAGUUAGCUGAUAAGAAAAAAUAUCCUUAUUUCUUCCGGACAGUGCCAUCUGAUAAUGCAGUGAAUCCUGCGAUUUUGAAGUUACUCAAAUAUUAUCAAUGGAAGAGGGUGGGAACUCUAACCCAGGAUGUACAAAGAUUCUCUGAGGUGAGGAACGAUCUGACUGGUGUUCUGUAUGGUGAAGACAUCGAAAUUUCAGAUACUGAGAGUUUCUCCAAUGAUCCCUGCACCAAUGUCAAAAAGCUCAAGGGUAAUGAUGUUCGGAUAAUCCUUGGCCAGUUUGAUGAGCAAAUGGCAGCAAAAGUGUUCUGUUGUGCUUAUGAUGAGGAGAUGUAUGGCAGUAAAUAUCAAUGGAUCAUUCCUGGGUGGUAUGAAAGUUCAUGGUGGGAAUCUUGGAUUAAUUCUUCACAGUGUCUCAGCAAAAACCUUCUUACUGCUAUGGAAGGUUACAUUGGAGUGGAUUUUGAACCUCUCAGUUCAAAAGUGAUAAAGACCAUAUCAGGACGGACGCCACAGCAGUAUGAAAAGGAGUAUAAUGACAAACGGGGAGAUGGACAGUCCAGUAAAUUUCAUGGUUAUGCCUACGAUGGAAUAUGGGUGAUUGCCAAAACACUGCAGCGGGCAAUGAAAUAUCUCAACACUACAAACAAACACCAAAAAAUUGAGGAUUUUAACUACACUAACCAUAAACUUGGCAAAAUAUUUCUGGAUGCUAUGAAUGAAACCAACUUCUUUGGUGUAACGGGUCAAGUUGUAUUCAGAAAUGGAGAGAGAAUGGGAACCAUCAAAUUUACACAGUUUCAAGAUAGAAAGGAAGUGAAGGUGGGAGAGUAUAAUGCUGUAGCUGAUACACUGGAAAUAAUCAACAACACCAUCAGGUUCCAAGGAUUGGAGCCUCCAAAGGACAAAACAAUUAUACAAGAACAGCUGCGUAAGAUCUCCUUGCCUCUCUAUAGUAUUCUUUCAGCACUCACUAUCCUAGGAAUGAUCAUGGCCAGUGCUUUUUUGUUCUUUAACAUCAAAAACAGAAAUCAGAAGCUAAUAAAGAUGUCCAGUCCCUACAUGAACAACCUUAUUAUCCUUGGGGGGAUGCUUUCCUAUGCAUCUAUUUUUCUUUUUGGCCUUGAUGGAUCCUUUGUCUCUGAAAAGACAUUUGAGACACUUUGCACAGUCCGGACGUGGAUUCUUACAGUGGGCUACACAACUGCAUUUGGAGCAAUGUUUGCAAAAACCUGGAGAGUUCAUGCAAUUUUCAAAAAUGUAAAAAUGAAGAAAAAGAUCAUUAAGGACCAGAAGCUGAUGGUGAUAGUUGGAGGGAUGCUGCUGAUUGAUCUUUGCAUCUUGAUUUGCUGGCAGGUUGUGGACCCCUUGAGAAGGACAGUGGAAAAGUACAACAUGGAGCCGGACCCUGCCGGCAGAGAUAUUUCCAUUCGUCCGAUUUUAGAGCACUGUGAAAACACUCACAUGACCAUUUGGCUUGGCAUUGUCUAUGCCUACAAAGGGCUGCUCAUGUUAUUUGGUUGUUUCUUAGCAUGGGAGACUCGAAAUGUCAGCAUUCCUGCUUUGAAUGACAGCAAAUACAUUGGGAUGAGCGUAUACAAUGUGGGGAUCAUGUGUAUUAUUGGAGCUGCAGUUUCAUUCCUCACUCGGGAUCAACCCAAUGUUCAGUUCUGCAUUGUUGCUUUAGUCAUUAUAUUCUGCAGUACCAUUACACUCUGCCUUGUUUUUGUACCUAAGUUAAUCACACUGAGGACAAAUCCUGAUGCGGCCACUCAGAACAGACGUUUCCAAUUCACUCAAAAUCAAAAGAAGGAAGACUCAAAAACAUCAACAUCAGUCACCAGUGUCAAUCAAGCCAGUACAUCUCGGCUAGAAGGACUGCAGUCAGAAAACCACCGCUUGAGAAUGAAAAUCACAGAGCUGGACAAAGAUUUAGAAGAGGUUACUAUGCAGCUCCAGGACACACCUGAGAAGACAACAUACAUUAAGCAGAACCACUAUCAGGAUCUUAAUGACAUCCUCAGUAUACGGAACUUUACAGACAGCAAAGAUGGUGAGAAAGCUGUUUUGAAAAAUCACCUUGAUCAAAAUCCACAAGCACAGUGGAGCACAACAGAGCCCUCCAGAACAAGCAAAGACCCUAUAGAAGACAUCAACUCUCCAGAACAUAUACAACGCCGAUUGUCUUUACAACUGCCCAUUCUUCACCAUGCCUAUUUGCCAUCCAUAGGAGGAGUUGACGCUAGCUGUGCCAGUCCAUGUGUAAGCCCCAGUGCCAGUCCUCGGCACAGACACGUGCCACCAUCUUUUCGAGUGAUGGUUUCUGGCCUGUAGAAAUGGGAGAUCAGAGCUUCCUGAACUGCUUUUAAGUACUCAAUGACUGGACUGAACAUCAGACGUAGAACUCUGCUAUAAACAUACUAUUUGCUCUUACCACACAGAGGAACUAGGGCUAAGGCCAUCAUCAUGGGAGUACCAGUGUAACUCAUGUGGAAAGGCGAGAGCAAGAGAAACCUGGAGUUUCAUCUGUAGCCUUAUUCAUGGAGCUUUUAUUUCUUCACAAAGAAGUCAUUGAAAAUAUUUCUUCCCAAAUUUCUACUAGCAACGAGGAGGCUGGGAAAUACAAAUCUUGCAAAAAAUGAGACAAUUAAAAAAAAUAAAAACCACUCAACUGUCACUGUUACAUGGCUGCUGAAAACAUGGAACUAUAUGCUGUCCAUGAAAGAAAAAUAAAAUGGUAGAGCUAUAACAUUUAUUGAAAUAGAUACACUUCAUUUUACAAAAGUUGUGUUAAAUUGUUGGAAGCAUUCUGCACUGGUUAGUCUUGCUUGUUUUCAUUUCAGAGAGGAUUUUCAGUGGGAAAGGGGGAUUUUGAGAAAUGAUUCCUGAAGUGUGAUUGAGACUCUGUGUUGCUAAUAGCAGGGUCCCCCUGUAACUAAAAACUAUACAUAGGGCAGAAGCAGAGGUUGUAGCAACAGCCCUGAGGCGUUACCAGCUACAGAGUUGCUGUUCCGAGUCAGAGCUCUUUACAGUUCUCCAGGGAUUAGAUGUGGUGAUUGCCAGGUUCCCAUGCUGACCAUCAGGGACUUCAUUUUGACAGAGUUUCUGCCUCUCUUUCAAAAUAAACACAACCAACCGUAAUAUACAAAGCUGGCAGAAAAAGUCCUAGGGCUGCUAACUCAAGAAGCUGAGGAUGGAUGGGUAGUAAAGUCUUAAUGUCACAGGGUGGAUUGAUUUUCACAGUUUGUUUGAAUUAUGCCACACAUAAUUACAAUCAUAUUAAUUUAGUAGACAGGGGGUGGGUGGGGGAACAGGGCACAGCACCUUGAGGCUGCAGGCAAAUUCUGCAGAGUGCAUACACAAUAAUAUACACUACCUUUGCUUGGUACCUGGGUGUGUGACAGUUGUAACUGGUAAUUGGUGGUAUAAACCAAGUUUGCCCAUAGAAUAUUUUAUUUGAAUAUGAAAAAUAAAGAUGUGGAAAAAGCAUGAAUUUUAAUCUCUCUGUUGAUAGGGACUGAUCAUUUUUCAUAUUUGAGCACAUACCUUAGCUCCACUCCCCUAAGCAAAGUUGUUCUAAGGUAUUAUAGUUGUAAGAUGUUUUAGCUCAGUGGGGCUCAAACUUUUUUACUGGCGACCCCUUUCACACAGCAAGUCUCUGAAUGCGACCCCCCUAAUAAAUGAAACACUCUUUUUUAUAUAUUUAACACCAUUAUAAAUGCUGGAGGUAAGCAGGGUUUACGGUGGAGGUUGACAGCUCACGACCCCCCCCCCCCCAUGUAAUAACCUUGCGACCCCCUGAGGGAUCCUGACCCCCAGUUUCAGAACCACUGUUCUAGCUGAACCAAUCUUAGAGACAUUCUCAUGGACUGUAAGUGAGGCCUAAUCCCAGCCUAUUCUCCAGUAUAUUGUCAGUGUGAUGUAUCACGGCCUUGUCAGUUAUUAAGACCAGUGAUUUUCUUAAACCAAAUAAAAAUAUUGUCUAGCUAAAAAUAGCAGUGGUGCCUCAGGCUGCACUUGAUGUCUUUAACCAAUGCCUGCCCACCUCCCACAUUCUGAAGUGACUAUUCCACAACACUCCCAGACCAGAGAUGACUAAAGAGCAGCUUUCAGUAUCUGCACAGGGGAGGAGGCUCAUUAACUGAGGGACUUAAUUGCAGCUUUGACAAGCAAAAAUCUUUACCACGUAGCCAAAAAUAACCAUAAAUAUAAAUCUUCCAAUGGGAGCAUCACAAAAUAUUUCACUUGGCACAUACAGUAAGAGAGAUUAUGGAGGUACCUGUAGCUUUUAGAACAAAAACAUGUAAGUAUAACACAGGUAAAAUAGAAUUCAUUACUCUGUUUAAGCAUUGAUGUUGUCACUCAAUGUGUGUUGACAGUAUUCUCUUUAUGAAUUUAAUCAGGGCCUGGUUUAUUUUUAAAGGAAUCUGUUAAUUUGUAAAAGAGAAAAGGACAAUAUUGUAUAUAAUGUAUACACAAACAUCGCUGUAGAAAUAUUAAUCCAACAUAGCAGGAAAAACUCAAAAGUAUUGGCCUGAUGGAGGUGAGUGUGUGUGUGUCUGUAACUUUGUGAAUACUGACUGUGUGCCGUUUAUUAGGUUUAAACCAUGCAGUACAUUCUUUGUCUCAAUGAUACUGUAGUUUCUCUCAUGACAUUUUUUUAAUUUCCUGCAGCAUAACAAGACCCACCAAGUGAAUAUAGCUAUUUAAUGUUUCUGUUCUUUUCUACUGCAGCAAAACAGUACUGUAAAUUUAUGAAGAGGCUGUGCCCCAAUGGCAUUUUCCAAUGAUGUUAGUGCACAAAUGCUUUAAACUAGACUGGAACUGCCAGAAGAAAAUGUAAAUGAAAAAUUUCUUGUAUACCCUUAUACUGCAUGAGAUCAAUUUUUAAAAAAUUGUUGCAAAUCUGUUUUUAUGAAUAAAAUAUAGAAAAUCUAA